AUGGCUGGACGGGGAUUGGCUGGCAGAGACAGGGGGAGAGAGAAAAAUAAAUUGGAACUAAAAACACGAGAGAGAGUGCGUGAGGUGAGCGAGGGCUGUGACUGUGAGUGGCUGGUAGCUUGUAGGGCCGAGAACAAGGGUGGCACCAAGCGAGACGCUCUGGAACUAAACGCUUCAUCCCUCUGUCCUCGUCCCUCCCCUCUCUCGCUGCAGAGCUCAACGCAGUUCCUCCCUUCCUUCCUCUGCCGCUUUGCUUCACUCACGGUCCACUCGGCAAAGAAAGAAGUUGCACCAAAGAGGCAGGCAGCUGACAAGCCAUCUGGCAGCAGCCCAUCCAAGAGAGGUCGAGGAAGACCACCCAAAGGUGAAGCCAAGAAGAAAGCCAAGUCAUCUCCUAAGGGUCGAGGACGUGGUGGUGGCACUGGUCGUGGACGCCCAAAGAAGGCAGGUGCUCCUGCCAAGAGCAGUGACGAGGAGGCUGAAAAGGAAGAGAGUGAAGAAGGCGAAACCUCUGAAUAAGGCCCUUUCCAUCAUCCUCAGACAACUCCGUAGGCCUAACUUGUGUUUAGUUUAGGCCAUCUACUUGGUGUCCAUCUCUCUUUCAUCAAUAUCUCCUGUCUUCAAGUAGUGUAGGUCGAACUUGUGUACAACACUCGAUUCAAGUACAAAGUUCGCGUUCCAUGCGACCCACAUAUUUCUCUCAUCUUUUCCUUUCAUCCUUUUGAGUUGUCUGUCUUGUGUCGUUUGAGGAAAUGAAUGUGUUCUCAUAAUU